AGUUUACGUUGAACUUCUCUAUAAAUAAUUAGUGAAUAUACUAAUUUGACACUUCCAGCCAAUUAUGCCACCUUAUGCGACAAUCUACCCUCAUGGGGAAGUUUAUGUGCAUCCUGCAAUUGCUAUGGCCCCUGUGGAAACACCUACAAAGUCCUCAGGAAAUAAAAACAAAGGUUUAAUGAAGAAGCUGAAAGGAUUUGACGGCCUUGCAAUGUCGAUAGGCAAUAGUUCUGCUGAGAAAGCUGAAGGCGGGGAUGAACCCCGACCAUCCCAGAGUUUGAAGAUUGAAGGUUCCACCGAUGAUAGCGAUGGGAAUACGGCUGGGGCAGAUCAAACAAGACGGAAACGAAGCAGGGAGGGAACAGAAACCAUUGCAGGUGGAGAAGGGAAUGAUGAAGCAAGGUCUAAACCAGUUGCUAUGCUGGAGGUGACUGCAACCAUUUCUCCUAUACCAGCUGGACUUGUACUUUCUCCUGGCAUGACCACAGCUUUGGAGCUUAGGAACUCUCACACCAUGAAUGCUAAGUCCAGUCCUAUGAGCUUACCUGGUGUAAUGCCAUCUGAAGUCUGGAUGCAGAAUGAACGGGAGCUGAAACGGGAGAGGAGGAAACAGUCUAAUAGAGAAUCAGCUAGAAGAUCAAGGUUGAGGAAGCAGGCCGAGGCAGAAGAGCUGGCUUGUAAAGUUGAAUCCUUGACUGCAGAGAAUUCAACAAUUAGAUCUGAAAUAAUUCAACUAACCGAAAAAUCCAAGAAACUAACGCUAGAAAAUGCUACAUUAGUGGAGGGAUUGAAAAACUCUGAACGAGGAUACGCAGAGGAGAUUGCCAUGAAUAAGAAAGAAGACAAAGAUGGUGAAACGUACGUGAAAAAGUCGAACUUGGCUGCCAAGCUACGUCAACUCUUGGAUCCGAGUCCAAGAGCCAAUGCCGUGGCGGCUUGAGGAACAAAGGAGAAGAGGUAACCCAAGUUAUUUUUUAGAUUAAAUUUGAGGAAA